CCUCAAUCCUCAUAAAGGCCGGUAGGGCAGCGGGAUCUCUGCCCGAAACCAAACCAGCCGCCUCCGCACCGCACCCACCCCAUUUCUUCCCCCAAACCACCAUGGACUUCUCCGCGGGCGGGAGCGGGAGCGGCGGCGGCGGCGGAGGCGGAGACUCCGGCGACGGCCAGCCGCAGGCGGAGCGCUGGCUGGAGAUCGCCGAGAAGCUCCUCUCGGCGCGCGACCUCGUCGGCUGCAAGCGCUUCGCGGAGCGGGCGGUGGAGGCGGACCCGCUCCUCCCGGGCGCCGACGAGCUCCUCGCCGUCGCCGACGUCCUCCUCGCCUCCCAGUUCAUGGCCCCCUCGGGCCACCCGGACCCGCUCGCCAUCCUCCAGCUGCCGCCCGGGGCCAUCCCCGACCACGCUACGGUGACCCGCGCCUUCCGCCGCCUCGCGCUCCUCCUCGGGCAACAGAACCCGCACCCGGGCGCCGAGAUGGCGCUCCGCCUCGUCAACGACGCCUACGCCGUCCUCUCCGAUCCGUCCCGCCGGGCCCCGCAGUACGCCAAUCCCGCCACUGGUAUCCCUUCCUCCUCCCAGUACGCCGCCGCGCCCGCGGCCGCGCCCGCCCCCGACCCGCCGGAGUUCUGGACGGCGUGCCCCUUCUGCUGCUUCGUGCACCAGUACCCGCGCGACCUGAUCGGCCGCGCCCUCAGGUGCCCCAACGAGGGCUGCCGCCGCGGAUUCGUGGCUGCUGAGAUCCCGACCCCGCCCACGGUCGUGCCGGGCACUGAAAUGUACCACUGCGCCUGGGGCUUCUUCCCCCUCGGAUUUCCCAACUCCGCCGACCUGGGUGCAAACUGGAAGCCAUUCUACAAGGUGUUCCCCUGGAACACGGCUCCCAGUGGCCAAGGUGGUGGUCGUGGUAGGGGCCAGGGGAGCCGUGGUGGUAGGCAGCCACACAGUGACAGUGCUCGUGGUGGCUCCUCUAGAGGUAGGAUCAAGAAGACAACGGCACGCAAGAAGGUCGGGGCAGGGCCCAGGAGACGUCUUGGUGCUGGUGUGGAGAGUGGCAUUGAUUCUGAGAUGCUCGGGCAGGAAGGCUGGGCUGGGGAUGAGGACGGUGGAGAUGGAAGGGCUGAGGAAGUGAGGGGAAUUAACAUAAAUGAGGCAGCGCAGGCUACAGAUGGCACUGGUAGGGUUAAUGUUAGCAAUGCUGGCGGAGUUGAAGAUAUGGGCAACUUUCAUAUUGAUGUUGAUGCAACAGAGGAUAUCUUGGGGAAUUUGCACAACCUGCCAUUCCUGAGGGUGGACAAUCUUGGGCGGAUGAUUUAACUGUUGUUAUGGUUUGCUGGAGCUAGAAAAGUAUUGUAUGAUUAGCCAGGCCAAAACAGAUGUCUCAGGGACUGGCCCUUGCUGUUCAAGUGUUCAUUUUAUUGUAACUGUUCCAUCCCCUGUUAUGUCAUGUUGUAGUUGUAGACUUGUAGUCUACCCUGUUCCUGUAGUUACUUAGCAACUUAGCGUCGGAUAGGGCAAAUUUGUAUCUCCAUUAGAUGGAGUUGCAUGCCCUUUGCCUUAGCAAACAAACUUGCGGAGUUUUCUGGUGAUGGAAAUAAUGCUUCACAGAGGUGUGGUUGGACUGGCAAUGCUUACCGUGCAACUUUUGGUUUCUUCCUGGCAUGGUGACAGCAAAAUGUUGCUGAGAUCAAGUAGAUAACUGUUUUGUUUGGCAACCCACAGUGGAUUGUCCAUACCAUGCCCUGAAGGAAGCGAAGUGACUUGGCCGGUUGGCCCAGCUUAGUGGGAUAUCAGCAGCCCUAGCCUGAAGGGCGAAUUCCUUUGCUGUUUUUCCCUCUGUUUGUUAGACCUUUUAUCCCCAUGUUUGGGAGAAAAAUCUAUGAAAAACUCUGCUAUAAGUUUGCCUAGAAACGCUAACUGUAGUUAUGUUUUCAGCUAUUUCAGGUUCAGAAGAUUUUAACUGACU